AUGAUUCCCAGAGGAGUAAGAAUAUAUUCAAGACCUCUUUUAAGGGUGACAUGUUCACGCAUCGUACAGUACCCCAUACUUCGGGCGUACUCUCAAACAGCAACGUCAACCCCAAAAUCUUUGAAACCUUCCUCCUUUGCUCUACCGAAAGAUGUACCUCCACCAGCCGAUACUGAAACAGGCCCAGAGAAAUCCGAUGACAGCAGGUACUUCCAACUCACAAAAAUCGUUUCUGGCCACACAGACCUUAAGAUAGCAAUUACUGACCGCGCCAUGAAAAAGUUGACUGAGAUAGCAGAGAGUGACCAAAAUCCUGACUCGGCCUUGAAGAUCAAAGUGGAAAGUGGCGGAUGCCACGGAUUCCAGUACAAUAUGGACCUCACAAACGUCAAGGAUGAGCUUUCAAAGAACAAGGACUUGGUUGUUUUCCAAAGAUCAGACAACGACAAAGCAAAAGUUAUCUUCGAUGAGUCUUCGCUCGAGAUCUUGCAAGAUUCGAAAGUGGACUACACCAAAGAACUUAUUGGGUCUUCUUUCAAAGUUGUUGACUCUCCAUACACAUCUACUUCAUGUGGAUGUGGGUCUUCAUUCGAUUUUGAUUUCGAGAAGCUUCAAAAAGCCAAAGAAGCACAUUAA